AUGGGUAAUACAAACUCAGUACCGUUCAAGGAAGACGUCGAUGACGCAACUCGCAAAGAUUUCUCAAUACAAGAGGUUGUAAGACGGUUUGUGAACGAAUUAGAAAAGGACGAAAUCUACUAUCUCUCUGUAGGCAGUUGCGCACUUGUGGUGAACGCAGUCACCAAUAUGAUUUAUCCUAAAAUGAUUGGAGCUAUGAUAGACUCGGCAGGUGCCGGUCAAGAUGAUUUGGGGUGUCCUCAGUAUACACUUCCAUUUCCCGUUUGGAACAUUAACCCUCAUUUGUCAAUCUCCGGAGGGGUAUUUCCAACAAGUUUAUUUCAGAAGCUUUCAUUCUCUUCUUUGCCGUUGUAUAUUACCGGUAGUAUUGCUUCAUGGAUUAGAGUAUCUCACAUAAAUAAUGCAAUCUAUUUGAUUCAAAAAAGGUGCAGACAAAAGAUGUUCAAAAAGCUCAUCUCACAAGGGGUUCCUUUUUUUCAUACUACAGCUGCAAAUUAUCUAUUGUCAAGAUUAUUAGUUGACUGCGAAGAAGGUCCCAAAGUAAUGAUUAAUAGUUAUUCACAAUUUUUGCGAUCUUGUAAUUCUACAAUAGGAGGAGCCUUGCAAUUAUUUUGUAUAUCUCCAUCAUUGACAUUUAUUACAAUGUUGUGUAUACCUGUGAUGGGUAUUUGUUUAGUAAAGUACUCUAGCAUUGUCAAGAAAGCAAGUUUGCAAAAGAAGGAAAUGAUCGACUCUGUGAAUGGAAAAGCUGAAGAGUUACUCAACAGCAUCGAAAACGUCAAGAAUUUUGGACAGGAAGACUAUGAAAUUCAACGUUUUUCAGGAGGGCUAGAUUCUUGUGAUUUGUUGGCAUACAGAGUUAAUAAUUCCGAUGGAAUAUUAGUGGGAGCAAUUCUAGCAGGUUUUAACUUUUGUUCUCUUGUAAUGUUGUAUUUUGGAGCUAAACAGCUGCGAAGUGGUACAAUAUCUGUGGGAAAAUUAGCAUCAUUUGUUUUGUAUGGUGUCUUGUUGGGACUUGGUGCAACGGGAUUUUCAAAGAUUUAUACUGAGACCACAAAGGCAUCGAUUUCAAUGAAAAGAGUAUACGAUAUACAUGAUUUGCCAGAGGCAAAGGAAAAUGAGGAUGUUUUGAAGCAUUUAAAUGGAGAAAUUGAGCUGAGAGAUGUCUCCUUCAGAUAUGCAUCUAGACCAGAUGUGCCAGUUUUGGAGAAUAUCAAUUUAAAGUUUGAUUUGGGAAAACUGGUGGCGAUUGUUGGCCCAAGUGGUGCCGGGAAAAGUACCCUGUCCAAGUUGCUUACAACUUUAUAUCAACCCACUUCAGGUACUAUAUAUUUGGAUGGAGUAGAUAUGCAAUCCUUAAGCUCAAAGUGGAUAAGACAAAAGGUUUUCGCUGUUGUACCUCAAGAACCUACACUAUUUUCAAUGUCCAUUAAGGAGAACAUUAUGUACGGAAACGAACAAGUCUCCUUUGAGAGGGUACAGGAAGUUUCGAAAUUGUGUAACAUUAACAAUUUCAUAGACACUCUUCCUUUGGCAUAUGAUACCCAAGUAGGUGUAAAUGGAGUCAUGCUAUCUUCUGGACAGAAGCAGAGAAUAGCUUUGGCAAGAGCAAUUUUGAAGGAUACACCAUUGCUCAUCUUGGAUGAGCCAACUUCCGCACUUGAUGGCUUUUCUGAGGAGCUCAUUUCCACCACAAUAGAUUUAGCUAAACAUGGAAGGACAGUUUUAAUCGUUACGCACAAGGUAGACAUUGCUAAACGUGCAGAUAAAGUUGUCGUUUUGAAUGGCAAGGUCGAAUUUUACGGUACAUUGCCUCAAGCUGUAGAACGGAGUGAAACGUUUAGAAGGAUAUUCACCAAUAUAUAA